UUUCAACAACUCGUCAUCUGUAACCAUAGUCCUGUGUGGGGACGUCGGGAUCACAGACAGCGGACGAUUUGCAUACGCAAUGUGGCAACUGGUUCUUCUGUUCGGAUUUCCCGCCGUCGUGCUGGCCUUCUGCUACAUCCGGGUUAUACUGAUUCUGUGGAUUAGCACGCGCCAGCUGCAGACGAUGACGUCCCCUCAGAGGUCGUACGGCAACUGGCGGAGUAACGGCAGGGACAACGGCAACGUCUCCCAGCGUUCUGACACGUCGAGGUUUCUCCGAAACAAAGUGCCAAGCACACCGGGCGAGGAAGCGCUGCUAGCCAGGAGACAGGUCAUCAAGAUGCUGAUCGUCAUUAUAGCCGUGUUUCUCGUCUGCUGGGGACCUAAACUCAUCAUUCACGUCAUGAAGAAGUUCCAGGUGAAGGCACUGUACACACAGACUUCGUUCAACCUCAUCAUUGCUCUUGGCUGUUUGCCAUACAUCCAAUCGUGUCUGAACCCGCUCAUAUACGUGCUGAUGUCCAAGGCGAUCCGGAAGCGGAUAUACAACGCCCUCUCUCGGUACUGCUGUCUAUGCAACGUCCUCUCCCGUUCGUCAGGGAGGCACGUUAACGAGUUCGUAUUGACCAAUCACAGCGCAACGGGACAAACUAAUAUUAAAACGACACUGGACACUUACAGAAGUUACGGUGCUAAUGAGGUUACUGACGUAUAAACAUAAACAUAAUAUAUGCUAUUAUUAUUAUUAUUAUUAUUAUUAUUAAUAUUAUUAAUUAUUAUUAUUAUUAAUAAGGGAAAAACAAGUUUGUAUUUCCCUUAUGUAUUGAGUACAUCGA